AUGGCACAUGAUUUUGUGAAAAAGCUGCUUGAAAAAAUGAAUAAGAGGAUUAGUUGUAAAAAUAAUGCUGGCAAUAUGGCCUUUUUUCUUGCAGCUGCGUCCGAGAGGGUUGAAAUUGUCAAGGCUAUGAUGAAGAAGAAUGAAGACAUAGUAAAGAUUAGAGGAGACAAUGAUAUUUACCGCUCACAAGCAGCUCUAAUUGGAGACAAAGAGAUGGUGAAGGAGAGGAAUGAGAUGAGCUUGAGGGAUCGAAUGAAUGAGAGGGAGCAACGGAUGAAUGAGACAAAGCAAAGGAGGAAAAGGCUAGGCUGGCUGUGUCGGAUUAAGGAGGCGGAAUAUACUGGUCAAGAGAUUCCCAAUUCAGCUUUUGAACUAUUCGAAUGUCUUUGGGAACAAGUUAUGCUUCUGGAUGACUCCCAGAUUUUGGAAAUUAUUAGAAAACCUUGGUCUCUAAUAUUUGAGGCUACAAAACAAGGAAACCUUCAGUUUCUAAACAUAAUUUUCUCCACAUAUCCUGAUCUAAUGUUUGAAGUUGACGAAAAUCAAUACACCAUACUUCAUUUUGCUAUUAUGUAUCGUAGUAGUAAUAUUUUCACGGCCAUGUGUGAUAUUGGUCUAUUUAAGGAUUUCGUAGCUCGUGUCACAAAUAAAAAAGGGAACAAUAUCUUGCAUUUGGCUACAAAUUUGUCACCAGUAGAUAGACCCGAUGUUGAAUCGCCUAUAGUACAUUUGAAAAUGGCAAUUGAGAUGGAGUGGUUCGAGAGAGUGAAGAGAAUUUUGCAUCCAGUGGUAGCUGAAGCUAAAAAUAAAGAAGGGAAAACUGCUAGAGCUAUAUUUACUGAACAGCACAAAGAGUUAAGGAAUAAAGUUGAUAAAUGGACCAAGAAGAUUGCAAAUGCAUGCAUCAUGGAGUCAACACUUAUUGCCACCAUGGUUUUCGCUGCGCUUUUCACUAUACCAAGUGGCACCAAUGAAGAAAUAGGGACUCUGCAUUUUGUUCGAAGAGCUUCCUUCAUAGUUUUUGCAAUAUCAGAUACUAUAGCUUUACUAUUGUCAUGUUCCUCCUUACUAAUGUUCUUAGCUGUUAUCUCUUCUCGAUGUGAAGACGUAGAUUUCCUUCGGCGGGUAUUAUAUGAUUUGGGUUGGGGAUUACAGUUACUUCUAUUCUUCGUAGAAGCAAUGAUGGUAGUGUUUUGUGCAACUAUGUUCAUUGUCUUCAAAGAUGGGUUUCUAUGGAUGCCUAUUCUUCUUAUGGUAAUGGCUAUUUUUGCAAUCUUCUUGUACGUGGGUAAAACUUACAAUGUCGCUGUAGAAGUGUCGCAUUCUAUCCAUGAAAACUGGUGA